UUGAUUGGUACUCUGCAAAAGAUCAAUACAAACAAUCAUAUUGGAGGCGAAAUGGAAGCCACAAUUCUGAAGUCUUACGUUAAGAGUGCGACUCUUAGAAGGUGGCUCAAUCGGAAGGAUUGUCCUGAGCUUGUCCAUGCACUCAAACGCCUCUUCAACAAGGCAUUCAAAUCAGAUUCGAAGCAGCUCAUGGUCGAAGAACCACCCACUACCAUGUCAUCAGACUCAAGGGAUUGUGCACAUUACACUUUUGGGGGUGUGAAUUACUCUCGGGCUUCAGCUCAUCUCGGUAACAGUCUAGUACUGUUUUAUCCUUCAAUAGAUAAGCAGCCAGUAGCUGGAAGUAUUCAAAGAAUAGAGCUCUCAAAUGGACAGCCGUUUUUCCACAUUGUAUUACAGCAGCCACUCCCUCCCAACAAGCAUGACCCUUUUCGGCGUUUUCCCCAUUUCUUUGGGACGACGUACUCUUCCAAAAUGAGUCUUUCUCCUCCUAUCAGAGUUCAUGCCUCAAAUAUACUAUCGCAUGCUGCUCGAUUUCAAUUCUCAGAGGAUCGUUCCGUCAUACUGAACUUGUCACGA